CCGACCGCGGAAGCCGUUGCAGCGGAGGGGAGAAGAGGCGUGGCCGCCGCCUGGGUGGGGUCCUCCCUUUCUGUCCUCUAAAAGGGCGCUGCUUUUCUCCUCUCCUCGCCAUUGCAGCAAGCAAGCGUCUUCUGCCUCGUCGACCUCACCCUGUCCUCACCCUUCGCGUGCUCUCUCCGCUGCUGCAGCACACUCCCUCGCUUGCUGCUCCCUGCGCCAGGUGUGGGACUCGAUUUCGGACGGCAUGGCUGAGGCGUUGUGCAACGGCGUCGUGGCGUCGCCGUACGGCGGCGGGGACGUGGGCGUCGCCGGCCGGGCCAGGGGCGCCGCCAAGGCCGCGCUCGCGGAGUCCCUGCCGGUCGGCGGGUACGCCACCAAGAGCUCCUUCUCCGCCGGGAGGAUGUCGGUGUCGGACAGGAAGCCGAGGCCCCUGUCUCGGAACCUCGAGGCCGCCGCCGCGCCUGGACAGAUGAACCUGUCGUUUCCCAAGGCCAUGCGGUGGUGGGAGAAGGGGCUGCACCCCAACAUGCGGGAGAUCGAGUCCGCGCAGGACCUCGCCGACUCCCUCCUCAACGCCGGCGACAAGCUCGUCGUCGUCGAUUUUUUCUCCCCAGGCUGCGGCGGCUGCCGCGCUCUCCACCCCAAGAUUGCCCAGUUCGCCGAGAAGAACCCGGACGUGCUGUUCCUGCAAGUGAACUACGAGACGCACAAGUCCAUGUGCUACAGCCUCCACGUCCAUGUCCUCCCGUUCUUCAGGUUCUACAGGGGAGCCGAGGGACGGGUCAGCAGCUUCAGCUGCACCAAUGCAACGAUCAAGAAGUUCAAGGACGCCCUCGCCAAGCACGGGGCUGACAGGUGCAGCCUCGGCCCUGCACGGGGGCUGGACGAGUCGGAGCUCAUGGCCUUGGCUGCGAACAGAGACCUGCAGUUCACCUACCAGAAGCCGGGCCUCGUCCCGCUUGCGGAAGCCAUUGCCAAGGAGGCUGCUGCACCGGGAGGCCCGUGGCUUCCUCUGCCUGCGUCCGCGACUCAACAAUUGCUGGGUCAUCAUGGAUCGGAUAACUCAUUGCUAUCAUCUGGAAGAUAGACCGUAGUACUAGUUAGUUUCAUCGGAGGUGGUUCGUCCAUCUUUGUAUAGAUUUGAUUCUUUCGUGGUCUGAUUCUGAAGUGACAGACAAAUUGAGAUGCGGAUGCGCAGGCUGAAGCUUUUGGAAAGUCUGCUGCUCUGCUCUGACUAUUGCGUCUGUAUUUGUUGCAUCUAGACCUUUUGCUCACUUGUUUAGAUCGCAAAAAUUUUCAAGAUUCCCCGUCA